AUGUCAGCCACUGAAAACAUCUCUCCGUCUGUAAUAAAGAGAAUCACGAAGGAGUUGGAUGCCCUCAGAACACACCCUCCAGAAGGAAUCCGAGUUGUUAUGAACGAACUCAAUAUCUGUGACGUUCAAGCAUGGAUAUCAGGCCCAGAGGGUACUCCAUAUGAAGGUGGAUUCUUCAAAGUAAAAGUGGUAUUCGGUGCAGACUUCCCGACGGUGCCUCCGAAAUGUAACUUCAUUACUAAAAUAUUCCAUCCAAAUGUUUCAAAAACUGGUGAAGUUUGUGUGGAUACAUUAAAGAGGGAUUGGAAUAAGGAUUAUGGUAUUGAACAUAUUUUACUGACCAUUAAAUGUUUGCUAAUUGUUCCUAAUCCCGAGUCCGCACUUAACGAUGAUGCGGGUAAACUGCUUCUGGACAGCUACGAAGAUUAUGCAAAGCGUGCUCAAAUGAUGACAAGUAUACACGCGCAAUAUAAACCAACCGUAUUUUCCGCAAAUAACAACAUUUCUAUUACUCCAACGUCAACAUCUUCCACGCCCUCUGUGUCAACAUCUUCAACAUCACAAAAAAUUAUUACUUCCCAAGUAAAGAGUCCUGCUAGCAUAAACACGAUUACUCCUGCUUCAGCAUACACUUCAUUGGUUACACCACUCGCAGUGUCAAAGUCCAAAAAUGAAACAGAAUCUUUCAGUGGCCCAAAAAAGAAUUCGGUAUCUGCGCCUUCUGAAAAUUCGAGCCCUUCUGUCACACCAAAGAAGCGUGCUGGUGACAAAAAAUUGGAUAAGAAGCAAGUAGACAAAAAACGAAGUUUAAAGAGACUUUAA